AUCAAAUCUCUGCUGUGACCCACAGAUACGAUGCGGAGCUUCAUGAAAAGGGCCCUAAAGUCGACCAAAGUUCCACCAGAUAUGAUAGAGCAUGGUGUCGAACUUUCAGGCUUGACAAAGAAAAGCGUGGAGAAGACCAUAAGAGAGAUGUGGAAGGCAAAAGGCUCCGAUUUUUAUGACGCAUACAUGCUAUUCCGAUUCGCCAGGUCCAACGGCCGUUACGCACAGAUAUCCCAAGAUGAACAGAGAAUCGCUUGUCUUCGUUGUCUUGUCUUUUUAGACAGAUCAUCUGCAGAACAGGUACUGCAAGACACUAAGUUCCCCGGUAAUAUUAUUCAUGCCCUGGAAAAACUGCUAGCUAGAUCAGCAAUCAAGGAGUACGAUUUCACAAUAUCCAUGCUCCAAUACUUGCUUGGCUGUUCUAGAAAAUUAGCGAUGACUUACGCCCCAGAAAAUGAUUCUGUGUUGAAUGUCCUUACCACAGCAAAUAGCAACAGGAGCAUUGAUGAUCGGACGUUUGCAAUCGCAUCUCAUGCAUUCUACCUUUUGCUCGAUCCCGAAGAGAUUGUUCGAAUUGUCGAUCGGGAACAUUUCCCACCGGGCGACUUCGACAAACUGGUCGAAUUUACCACAUCCCAUAACCUAGCUGACACAAGUACGGCCCGUAUUCGAAAAUGGAAACAGGUACCAAUGGACGAGAUCCAGGAGGUGUUUGCUGCUGGACGAACUUCGACCGAACAACAGACCAGAGACGAAAUUGAGAUUCGCAGGCUGGCCAAAAGACACAAGAUAGAUCGCCAGGAUGCAUAUACGGCCUUCUAUCAAGCAAAUGGAAAUAUGGGUAUGGCGGAAGGCAUAUGUGCGAACAUUGGAAAGAAUGUCCAGGAGAGACCCUCCAAAGGAGUUGCGAAUGUACCAACCAGAGAUACCAGAAGCUCGCCAAAUGUCACCGCUAGGACAAGAAUAAUAGCAGUUCUAGGGCUGGACGAACCAGACGGAAUAGGAAAAGCAGCCUGUCCUUCCGUGGGGGAUGGGUGGAUCGUAUCUGAUUUCUACUUGUGGAUCCAUAUUCUCCACGGAAUGGGCAAAUCUCAAAAGUGGAUAACAGCCAUGAAGCCUGAAUAUCUUGUGGAUAAAUAUGGCAAGAAGGACGAGAUAAGCCAGACAAUAGUUGAUGACUAUGGUCCAGAAGUCGAAAAGCCCAUUCAAACCGAAUGGGAAUCUGGCUUUGUCCAUGGUGAUCCAUGGGAAGAGCGGGUGGUUGUCCUGGACAGAGAAUUACUUCCAAAAGUCAAAAACAAGGUUACAAUGGGCCCAAGUGGUGUGGCUCUUCGAGAUUUCUUCUUACAACAUCUAGAAGAGACUAUCGCUGAAGCAGCAGAGUCUGAAGAUCCCGUUUUGAUCCUGAUAUUUGCUCAUGGAGAUUACGAUUCUUCAGGAGGCUUAUACAUUGGCUGCAGUGAAACAUCCGAUACCACAGAAGAAAGCCUCCUUCAUCCAAAGGCAAUGGAAGUGAUAUUGGAAAGAUACCCCAAAGUUCGAACAACACUCUUCAUGACGUCCUGCUAUUCCGGAAACUGGGUCGAGACCACUGAAUUUCAGGUUAACAGACCUACCGUUCUUGCUGCAACUCAAGCGGAUGAAGAAUCUUUUGCGUUUGUUUGGUCACACUCCCAGCGACAUGCCGGGGGUCUAUUUUCCUCCGCAACAAUCACUGAGCUUCUUGGCGAACCAGCUGAGCUACCAAAAGAUUCAGAUGACGAUGCGUCUCGGGACUAUAGAGAAAUGACAAAAGAAAUCUUAUCUCAGAUGUACCGUCUCUGUCUACCAACGAACAUUCCGGACUACGGAUCAAGUCCGACCUUCUCAGACCCUGAGAACCAAGAAAAGUUUUGGAAACGAACAGGAUAUGAGCUUCAUCAUUACAAAUCAAAUUAUGAUCAACUCCGAAAGGUCCCACCUUCUGAUCCCCAUCCGAAAAGAAAUAGGAAAAAGUUUGAAGGCGGUUUUAACGAUGGUAAUCAUCCAGAUGUCAUAGCCUGGAAGGAGCGCCAUCCUGGUAUCUUAGAUGAGGAUUACCCCGAGGCCACAGCCUGUUACGGUAGUACACGACGAGGUCUUGAUAGCUCAAGAAACAUGGACUAUCUCAUCCGGCGAUACAUGAAAUCGCAGAAGGGAAGCUCCAACUAUCUCGAGUCAAAAAUGGCGAUGAACCAAAUUCGUGCCUACUAUGACAAUGAACUUGACACCCGAAGGAAGAUAUCUUUGAGAAAGCUACUUAUCUCACGGCUAGUUCUGAAUAAACUAGCAAACCAAUACGCGCUGGCCUUGGAUUUAUACAAGCUUCCAGAGAUCGAAGAAUGGGAUGUGCGUGAUGGUCAACAUGCUGAGACUUUCAAACGCUUUACCAGGGUACUCACUGACUCGCGACUUUUCCAUAUCUUCAACGAUGGUAAUGUGGGAUGCUACUACCGCCGUCCAGCUCAGUACCUAGCUGCCGGCAUGGGAAGCGCUGGCUACAACGAACAGGAGGUGAUGCUUGCGAUAGAAAAAUUGAGGGACUUGAACCGCGAAAAGAAAUUUACAGAUAGUAUCACAAAGUACUAUCUCAGCUCCGCAGAAUGCCACAAGUCCGUGAGCACGCUCUCGACCAUCCUCCAGAAAAGCUGGUCCAAGUCCAAGUUUAGUCGCCGCCAGAGUCGCCCAAACAUAUCGGACAUUCAAUGGGAGCCUCCAGCUCAGCAUAAUCACAAAGAGUAGCAAUUUGUUUGACAUGAGGUGUACUUCACUUGAGCUUGUAGGCAGUGGGAAACUUGACAUGAAGUCAAAGAUGAGGGCUGCAUUUUAUGUGGAAAAGGUACUUUGAUCUGUUUAUGUAGAUGAAGUAUUAGCCUUUUGUAGGGAUUUGCUUUGUUACUGUCCAAGAAUGUUAUUAUUCAAUCCAUGCCCGUUGGCUCAAAUGAUUAUUAAAAGAAUUAGA